UGAAAAUGUCAACCUGACCUACCGUGCCCUUGCCUGGGUACAGUAUUCUACAGCUUCCUGUGUCGGUUGAGACCGUAAUUCUACGGCCACUAGGACCCUACGGGCUACUGACAUCCGCACCAGUGUUUACAGUGAAAGAGAACUGUGGCAAGAAUAAUCAAACAUCAAACGAUUUAUGCCCAUCGCAUCUGUAUUCGGAAAAUAAUGAAGUCGACAUUGCUGUGACACAAUCAUUUGAAUGGAGUCCUCACGGAGCCCCGGGGGUCUCUCCCGUGAAUAUAAGCUGGUGAUGCUCGGAGAGGGAGGAGUAGGAAAGAGUGCUAUCAUCAUGCAGUUCAUCAGCCACAGGUUUCCAGAGGAUCACGACCCCACCAUAGAGGACGCAUACAAGACUCAGAUACGCAUCGAUGAUGAGCCUGCCAACCUGGACAUCUUAGAUACAGCUGGACAGGCGGAGUUCACGGCGAUGCGGGACCAGUACAUGCGCGCGGGCGAGGGCUUCAUCAUCUCCUACUCCAUCACAGACCGCCGCAGCUUCCAGGAGGCGCGCCACUUCAAGCAGCUCAUCUACCGCGUGCGGCGCACCGUCGACACGCCCGUCGUGCUCGUGGGGAACAAGUCGGACCUGGUGCACCUUAGACAGGUGUCAAUAGAGGAGGGCCGUGAGCUGGCCCGAGAGUUCCAGUGUCCGUUCUUCGAGACGUCGGCGGCGUUCCGCUACUACAUCGACGACGUGUUCGCGGCGCUGGUGCGUCAGAUCCGUCAGCGGGAGGCCGAGGUCGUGCGCGAGGGCGAGAGGAAGACGCGCCGCAGCCACUCCUUCUGGAACCGCCUCAAGUCGCCCUUCCACAAGAGACAGCAAUCCGAGCACUGACGCAGCCGGCCAGGGCGCUGCACGGGUCUGAUGGGAUACCGCGGUCCUCCAGGGGGGCGGAUGGCUUUUCCCGUCAGCGUUCCCGGAAUCUCCAUAUAUACGCCUCUUUUGAGAAGAGGCCUGUGACUCUUACCUAAUGUAGUAGAGGAGAACUUGUGACAACACACUCCCAAUCAUUUCAUUCUUGAUUAGCUGUCAGCCUAUCCGUUUGACAGGCGUUCUAGGAUGUGGCAGAUGCAUGCCACGCUAGCUAUAGGCUGACAUACUGAUUUAAUAGUUAGUGAUGAUUUCAUUGAACUGAAAUGGGUGUCGUUUCUAUAUGAGUUUAUUGACAAAGUACUUUUGUAGAUGCUGUUGGGUCGAGACAAGGUGGGAGAUGUGCUGUACCUCACAUCUAAUGUGCAAGUGCUGACUCGGAAAGAAUACGAGAAAAGAAAGACAUAACGAUAGAGAAACGAUUUCUUUAAUGAUAAAGGAAGAAGAAAGAAAUGUGGAAGGCAAGAG